AUGGAGACCUUCGAAGUUUCGUCUCAAGACAGUGUCGCCAAUCACCAUGAAAUCAAUUUGCCGCCAGUGGAUCGAGGUAGAGGGGCCUGGUUGUUCUUGGCGGCAUGCUUCAUUAUAGAAGCUUUGAUCUGGGGCUUUACCUUCUCUUUCGGUAUUUUCCAGGAUUACUACAGCACCAAUGAGCCAUUCAAAAGCUCUGGUGACACUGCCGUUGUCGGCACUUGUGCAAUGGGUAUAUCAUAUAUGUUGCUUCCAGUAGCCUUCAUUCUGCUGCAAGCCAUCCCUCGCCUCAAAUUAUGGGCUGCACCUGUCGGUUUUGUUAUUAUGUGCCUUGCUCUUUUGCUGAGCUCCUUUGCGACCAGCACUGCUCAUCUCAUCGUGUCGCAAGGCGUCGCUUACGGUAUCGGGGCUAGUCUGGCGUAUGCGCCAACUAUUGUAUUUAUGGACGAUUGGUUUGUACAGAGAAAAGGACUGGCCUUCGGCAUUAUGUGGGCUGGUACUGGACUAUCCGGAGUCAUUCUUCCAAUUGUCCUUCAGUGGAUGCUCAGCUCCUUCGGGCCUCAGACAACCCUGCGUGCUUGGUCGAUUGUCCUGAUCGUCCUGGGUGGCCCGCUACUCUACUUUCUUCGCCCGCGCCUCCCUAUCUCGAAGAACGCGCGCACACGGCCUUUUGACUUCAAGUUCCUCUGGAACUCAACGUUCCUCAUCUACGAAACAGGCAAUAUUUUGGAGGCAAUGGGUUAUUUCCUCCCAACAAUUUACCUGCCCUCUUACGCCCGUAGUUUGGGUGCCGGCAACAUCGAGUCCUCGUUGACUGUCAUGCUAUUUAACCUUGCAUCAGUCUUUGGAUGUGUGAUCAUGGGCUCUUUGGUCGACCGUUACCAUGCCACUACCUGCAUCCUUGGCUCCACCAUUGGCAGUACCAUUGCAGUUUUCCUGAUCUGGGGCUUUGCUGAUAGUUUGGCACCGCUUUACAUUUUCUGCAUUUUCUACGGACUUUUCGCUGGAUCAUUUACCUCAACUUGGCCGGCUAUUGUCAACGAAGUCAAGAAGAAGAGCACAUAUACUGAUCCCAGCAUUGUCUUCGGUUUCUUGUCGACCGGUAGAGGUAUCGGUAACAUUGUCAGUGGCCCGCUUAGUGAGGCUUUACUCAAACAUUCUGCCUGGAAAGGUGUGGCAGCGAAGGCCUAUGGCUCUGGUUUCGGACCGUUGAUUGUCUUUACCGGAGUUUCUGCACUUUUGGGGGGUCUCGGUGUUGCCGCUAGAUCGUCUAGACGGCUUCGAUCUGAGUAA